CCCAUAACCGCUCCACUUUCUUAACGUCUCUUUCAGUGCGCGACAUACUAGGCCGGCAACGAAACUUUAAUCAGCGCUUAGGUGCUCGUUCUCACAAGUUUCUCUAUAGUGUAAUCGUAUACAAACUUCAUUCUCGGCAAUUACAUUUUGGACUAUGUCGUCUAACUCGAAUUUGACAAACAUGCGUCGGUCAGUCGAACAGCUUAAACUUGAGGCCAGCGUAGAGCGAAUCAAAGUGUCCCAAGCCGCAGCUGAGCUGCAGCAGUACUGUCUCCAGAAUGGCAAUAAAGAUGCCCUUCUGGUUGGCGUGCCAGCAGGCAGCAACCCCUUCCGAGAACCUCGGUCCUGCGUGCUCGUCUAGGUGUAAGGAAUCAUGUUGGACCUCUGGAUAUUUAUCCUCACCCAAACCUGGCCAAACAUGCAGCUCAAGUCUGUUUGCUUGUUUGUUUGUUUGUUUUUUUGAUGAAUGUUUAUUUAUUAAUGAAUUUAUGACUCUUUAUGAAUAUUUAGCAAAUACAUGUUGAAACUAUGUAGCCUUCUCAGUACGUUUCCACUGCUGCAUUGUUUAGUACAGAACACUGUUACUGGCCACUGCUUUUGUUGCUGUUUGCUUGAUUUGGUUUGUUAAUUGCUGGAGAUCCUGAUUCUGUCAUGAUGUUCAUGAUGCUGUUAUCCUAAUUGUUUGAAAUUUCAGCACUGAAAAGGAGACUUUAAAACUAUUUCUUAGGAAAAUGUGGUUUAAUUGGUCAAAGUGCCAAGUAUGGAGUCAGAGCCCAACAGUUUGUGGAAGUCCAUGAACUGAUUUUCUUAGAAUGAGAAUUAAGAAUAAGAGUGCAGAAUGUUAGGCUAACUUUAAAGACCAAAGGGCAAGCUGUCUGCAUGGCGCACAGAAAAUGAAAAGUAUUUUGCUCGUGAUAUAUAAACUGAUGGAAUCUGAAAUGGAUUAUUUAAACAUAAAUGUCUCAAUAAAACUAAAAUGUCUCCUCAGAAAA